AUGACCAGUAAUGGUCGCGGCGGCGGGGCGACAGACGAGAUGUUCCUCUCCUCGCCCUCCGAUCGCCAUCCAUCCACGGUCUCUCCGUUAAGAAUUGUCAAAAGGGACUCCCCUUCUCCCUCGCGAGCUUCCGGAGCUGGCCAGCAAGCUUCAUCAAGACCAAUGAAUCGCGCGGAGUCCGUCUCUCCUCUUCCUUACCCAGACGACCCCUCUCGUCGAGCACAGGCGAGGGAUCGAAAUACCUCAGUGUCGCGACCGCCCUACCCCGAUGCCGGGCAGUCCGCAUCAAUGUCCGCUCGGUCCACGGAGAAUAGCUCACCGGCCUCGCCUGGACCUGGCGCUAGCGAAAUUCCAGAAGCGCUGCGUCCCCGUCAAGACUCGAAACAGUCGCAACCUACAUUGGCUGAGAGAAGAGGUGCUGUCCCAAAAUCCCUUCCUGAGUCGCCCAACCCUGAGCCCUCAGACCGAGAAGGCCUAUUUCAGCGACUACCUCAGCGUGAGCGAGUCACCCAGAAAGCGCCUGAACCCGUGCGCAAGAGCUCAACCGCGGUAAAUCCGUAUCCAGAAUACCACCAGCAGUACUGGCCUCCCCCGACGAGCAGCUCGACCUUACAGCCAGAGAAUAAUUCUGCCAUUAAUCGCUUGAGCUCUACGGCCUCCACUUCUACUACAAAGGCCCAACGUGGGUCUCCUCCGCCUCCCGAGACCCCCAUAGUACCACCCAACCAACAACCAGCGUCCGGCAUCGAAGCCCGAUAUGCGGCCUCGGGCAUCGCGGGAACUUCUACCUUGAACAAUUUGAAUUCGCAUAACUUUGCCGCACAACAACGUGCAACCCAAUACUCUGCACCUCAGCCAAACAGAUAUCCGAGCCCUGCUCGAGCCCAGGUCCAACCGCCGCCACAACCACAGCCGCGGCCAUGGACACCGACUGAACAACCGGGCACCCAGCCGCAUGGCCCUCCACAGGUAUAUCAAGGCUCAACUGUAGUGGGCCCUGCUGGAGGUGCACAAGCACCGCCUGGAAACAACGCUCAGCAACCACCUCAACAGCCGUCUCAGCAGCCACCGCAGCAGCUACCGCAGCAAGCACCACCGGGAAACCAAAUCCAAUACGCCAAUCAGCCCUCUAACGGUAUCGAAGAUGACUUCCAACGACUCAACAUGACAGCUUCUCCUCCUCCAGCAUAUUCUAGUUUAGCAGGUGUCACUCCUCAUAGGUAUCCUCCUGAGAAAUUCGGUGCUGGACAGGCUGCGCAGCAGACAUCCCUAAGCGCAGCUAUGUCAAGUGGUGCCUCUGCUCCCACUCAAGGGUCUGCCCAAGGCCAUCCUGCAUUCGCGAAUGAUCCACGACAGCAGCAAACUGGCACACCGGCGCAGCAUCCUCCUCAGAAUGGAGUGCAGUCACAUCCGGCGCCAACUCCAACCCCUGGUCCGGCGUCACCUCCACCGUUGCCUGAAGGCUGGAUAGCGCACCUAGACCCGAACUCAGGGCAGUAUUAUUAUAUUCACUUACCAACGCAAUCCACACAGUGGGAAUUUCCAAAAGGCCCAACGCCAUUAAAUCUUAACGAUGCACCCAUAUCUCCGUCGCAAAGCACCUUUGGUGGCCAUGGUCUAUCCUCCCCAGGCCUAUCCACAUUUGGUAAACCAUUAGCAUCUCCUGCAUUUUCAGCCUUUGGACAUCCUAUGCCUUCACCCGGAAUGCCAAUGAGUCCUGGAUAUGAACCUAGUGUCAUGAGUUUCAACAGUGGUUACAUCGGCCCCCCGCCGACCAGCGGAAUAGAGCUCUACAAGGUCAGCCCUACAAAUGGUGUUUACUUUGGCCCAUAUUUACGCUACAAAAACAUGGACAUAGAGCGGGGCCAGUGGUUGGGUUCGAUCCUUCUAGUGACCGAUGCUCCACAGCCACCAACAAUCCAUAUCCACAAAAGCAUCGAUCUUUCUCCCAACCCACGGCAGCUGUCUCCUGUAAGCAUAGCAGCUCAUCAACGAUGGACCUUUUACAGAUACGACAUUGACUUGCAAAUGGAUGACGCCGGGCCUGCAAAGUGGACAUAUGCAAUUACGUCGCACCUUGGAUGCACGCGGUAUGAGUUCCUUGUUGCAGGGCGGCAUGAAACGAACUGGCGCUUCAUUGCUACCUCGGGAAAUGACUUUUCCAUCAACGUCAACGCCAAUGAACGGUCCAAACUAGGUGGUGUUGGAUAUCUAUGGAAAGAUAUUAUGCAGAAACACGUCGAAUGCGGAGGUUUCCACGCUCAUCUCGGGUUGGGUGGCCAAAUAAAUGCCGACCGCCUAUGGAAGGAACUCCCAUCCCUCAAACAAUGGCUGUCUAUCAGUGGAAAGGAGGUGAGGAAAAAUGCAGCGUGGACUGCUGCACUGGAAGAAGACGUAACCCACGCAUAUUUCCAUUAUUAUACCAGUCAUUUUGACCAGCCGCAUUUGCGGGAAGCGUUUGCUCAGAUUCCACACGUAUUGCAGGUGGAUGACCAUGAUAUAUUCGACGGAUUUGGUUCCUACCCCGAUCAUAUGCAGUUCUCAAAUAUGUUUAAAAACAUUGGCAGAAUUGGCAUUGAAAUGUAUCUUCUUUUCCAGCAUCACACUACACUGGAGGUCUUACGACAUGUCAGCGAUGAUAUUGAUCUCUUCACGAUCACAGGAACUGGGUGGCACUUUGUCAAAUACUUAGGUCCGGCAAUUGCCGUUGUUGGUAUUGACUGUCGAUCAGAGAGAAACCCACACCAAGUACUGGCCGGCCCGUCAUACCAGGGGAUUUUUCCGAAGGUUGCCAUGUUACCUCCAAGCGUUCAGCAUUGUAUCUGGAUGAUUUCAGUGCCCCUCGUAUAUCCGCGCCUUGACACUGCUGAACACCUCGCACAAACCGUUGCAACUGGCAAGAAGGCUGUUACUGGUGCGUAUAAUAUGUUAGGGAAAGUGACUAGCUCUGUUGCGGGUGUUGUUGGUGCCAAGGGAGCUGUCGGUUCUGGAUUCAAUUCAGUGAAGCGAGCUGUGGGAAAGUCUGGUUUGAUGGGUAGUGUACUGAGUCCAUUUGGAGAUAUCGACUUCCUCGACGAGUUGAGAGACCAAUGGACACAUGAUUCAAAGGAUCUUGAGAGAACAUACCUCAUUCGCACCCUCCAAGGCAUUGCUCAUCAACGUAGCAUCCGAAUGACGUUCCUCUCCGGUUCUGUCAACCUCUGCGGAGCCGGGCUAGUUCAUGACCCUUCUCAUCCUACUGACCACAAAACUAUGUAUCAAAUCAUCUCCUCCUCCGUUGUUAACGCUUCGCCACCUUCAUAUAUUUUGAAAUUAUUGCACGGCAACAACAAGCCACUAUAUGUCCCGCCAAAUGGCCACCGAUCCACUCCAUCCCAACCUACUGACACCAAAGAAGAUAUGAUGGAGCUCUUCCAAACCGAUGUUGCUGGCCAACAACGUGAGCACCGGAAGUUAAUGGGGCGAAGGAAUUACGUUGCCAUCGUGGGAUAUGAUCCCGACUCUGUGAAUGCCGCGUAUACUGGCAUGCCUCAGCCACAGCAAGGUCAUGGUGGCAGCCCGCCGGGUGCGUUCCCUAAGUUGAGUCUCGCCGUGGACUUUUUGGUACAAGGCGAGGGAGCAUUCGGGAAUGUUAUUAAGUAUGGCCCUGUUAUUGUUCCAAGCUUAGAGCUGGGAAGGUAACAGGAGACUAAAGUUUCCGCGGCUUCAUUUUGCACUAAAGUUACUGCUUAGGGCUUCAUUAUGAAGUGAUGUGAUGGUGAAUGAAGCAUUUUUCCUUGCCUUGGUUUCCAUAGUUAGCGUUCACUCCAUUGCGUUCUCCUUUACCCAUUGCUUUUGUUCCUCUUUCUACAUUCUGGCAUGUACUGCUUGAUUCUGAUGUGAUUCAUAAUUUAUUUCACAGGAUGAUAAAAUUAUAUAAUAGCGAACAAGAAUGUGGUAUCCAUCUAUAAGAGCCAGUGCAGUGCCAAAACACAUAUUAACCACAUAUUAAAUGUACUCAGGCAACAUACCAAGAAAUUCCAAGACCCAUCACCACUCAGAAACUGAACCGCUGAGCCCAUAUUUCCAUUGUCUAAACGCCAAACAGUAAAUUUAAAUAGCAAGCAAAGGUUUAUCAUCGAAAACGCCUUAAAUUCUGCUUUGCCAUGGCCACUUCCAUUUCCAUUUCCACGGCCACUUCGGAUCUUUCCACCCGGGAAUCCAAUUCUCUGGCUUAGACAGGCAGACACCAAUUCUCCAGAAAUAAUCUCUGUGGGCGAAGAUCAAAUCCCAAGGCUUGUAGGCCAUUGGUACAGACAUGGAGUAUUGAUCUUGAUACUUCUCGACGUGCACUCUCUCAAGGCACGACUCGUGUUCGUAAAGUUUAUCAUCUGAGUUAAACAACUGCGCCACCUGUUCGAGACCCAAAAACCGCUGAUGUGAACUGCAUCUUGGGUCGGCGUCUCCGAUGCAAAAGCGAAGAUCAUCCAGGGAAGGAGGCAAGUCUGGCUUUGAAAUAAAUAUCUCCCCCGCAUGUGGAUAAUAGCCCCAUUCUGAGAGAGGGAGGAGGGGAACGGGGUCAUCUGCGUGGGUCACGCGACAAAAAGAUGGAGAACUCUUUUCUUCAUUCCUCACGAAACUUGGAGGUAAGCUAUCAGUAGGCAGCGAAAACUGAUCAUUCAAAUAUUCUGCCAGCGCGCGAUUCCCUAUCCUUGGCUCUCCAAAUGUGGUAACCUGCGGGUUCCAGCCGCGUGCACGCAGUUCCAAACUUGCAAUGGCAGCAACGGCACCGCCAAGAGAGUGUCCAGUUACAACAAGUUGGUAGUCUGGGUAUUUGGCAAAGGUAUCACUGAG